UACAGCCACAGUGAAACACGGGGAAGAUAAAAACAGAGCACCUGGGCUAUCCUUCACUGUUUUGUUAGACGGUUGUCUGAGGAGGGUUUGAGGUUCAGCUAAAUAUUUGAGUGUUAUCAGUAAACAUGUCUUCAGUUCAGCUUCAGAUAGAGUUUAUCAACGAGCAGGAAACUCCUGCUGAAGAAACAUUCACAGAGUUUAAAGAAAUCCACGUUAAGUCCGAGGAAGAGAUGGAGGAUGAGACAGAAAUCAACGUUAAGAUCGAGGAAGAGACGGACGAUGAGACAGAAAUCAACGUUAAGUCCGAGGAAGAGAUGGACGAUGAGACAGAAAUCAACGUUAAGUCCGAGGAAGAGACGGACGAUGAGACAGAAAUCAACGUUAAGUCCGAGGAAGAGACGGACGAUCAGCGCGGACUGAUGGAUUUCAGGCGGUCACCCCGGAUCGUCUCGGAUGGAAAAGGUUCAACGUCAAGAAGAGAGAGAACACACAUCUCGGAGGAAGCGAAGGUCUUCCUCCAGAAAGCCUAUGAAGAAGGGAUGACAAGGGUGGGAUCUCCACUGGUUGGAGCGGCAUCCCAGGCCACUGGCUUGCCACCGUUUGUCAUUGAUAACUGGAUUGGAAACUAUAGAAGAAAAAAAACAUCUUCUUCUCAACCUAAAAACAAGAAGUUAUACACCAAGGACCUGUCUGGUUACAACCUGUUCUGCAGGGAUCUGUUAAAGAGCAAGGGAAGCCUGAAAGAUAUUACACAGAAAUGGUCCACUCUAGGGGAAGUGGAGAAGAGAAAAUAUGCGGAGGAGGCAGCAGCUCUGAAAGUUCAUCGCACUUCAGACGACAUGAGCCCAGAGACGCGAAGCCUGAAAGUGAAAAAGCACCUCAAGCAGAUCAAAACAGAGAAGGUUGCCAGUCUUGAGAAGCUUGGUGUGGAGACUGGUGUGAUGAUGUUUGACCAUCAAAAGCCUUUCUUAGAUGUCCUUGAAGUGAGCAGCAAAGGUGCCUCUUCGUUUUUCGACCGUACCGACGUACUGGACAACUUUGCUCUGCAUUUUAAAGGAAACUCAUCAUCUACUUCUGCUGUAAAACAACCUGUAGAUACCAUGGUGAAGAAAGUGCAGGAGUUAUUCAACAGAAAAUACAAUGAAGCGGGAGGCAGAGGAAAGCUCCCGUACAUUUCUAUUCAAAAUGAAAGCAUAAUUAUCAACGCUUCUGGACUACCCGAUGGCAUCACACUGAAAAAACCAUGCCACUACGGACGGAAACAAUUGGAAGUCAUUUUAAAGAAUGCGGAGCAAAUUUCCUUUCAAAUUAACUCCGGGAGGAAAAUUGGGACACCAACUGUGGAAGACAUUUUCAAUGUAAUGUGUGGAAAUGAUCUGUGUAAAGAGGAGGAGGUUCUCACUGAGAGCCAGAACCAGGAGGAAAACUCCACUUUCGACCAAAAGGGACCAGAACCUCUGCAGAUAAAACAAGAAACAGAGGAACCAGAACAUCUGCAGAUAAAACAGGAACCAGAGGAACCAGAUCAUCAACAGUUCAAAGAGGAAGAGAAGCAACUCUACAUCAGUCAUGAUGAAAAGAAUUUUGUGCUGAAACUGGAGACUGAUGACAUGUUGGUGAUUCCUUUUAAAGUGAAAAGAAUUCACAAUAAAACAAAACAAGAGAGGAACCAACUCAUCUCUCAUGGUUCUGUUGAAGAUGAGAACCAGGAUCAGGAAGGAAGCAAUUCUGAAGAUCCAGGGAAAAAGAGAGACGAAGAACAGAAACAAAAAGAAAGAUGUCAGAAAACCAAACAGCAGAAAAACAAAACUUGCAGUUCAAAACAUAAAAGGCACAAGAAAGCUCAACCAGACCAAAAAUUAUAUUCUUGUAAAAUUUGCAAUAAAAGCUAUUCUCGAAAAUAUUCUUUGACUCGACACAUGAGAGUUCACACUGGCGAGAAACCUUUCUCAUGUCGAGCCUGUGGAAAAAGUUACAUUUACAAGAAAGGUCUAAUUUACCACAUGAGAGUUCACACAGGGGAGAAACCGUUUCCAUGUACAAUUUGUGAAAAAAGGUUUCCACAUAAAAGCAAUUUAGCUAUUCACAUGCAGUCUCACACGGGUGAGAAGCCUUUUUCAUGUGGGAUCUGUGGAAAACAAUUUGGCUACAAAAGUUUUUUAAAAGCUCACAUGAGAGUUCACACAGGUGAGAAGCCUUAUUCAUGUGUGACCUGCGGAAAAGGUUUUGGUGACAAACGUUAUUUAAAACGUCACAUGAGUGUUCACACAGGGGAGAAACCGUUUCCAUGUACAAUUUGUGAAAAAAGGUUUCCACAUAAAAGCAAUUUAGCUAUUCACAUGCAGUCUCACACGGGUGAGAAGCCUUUUUCAUGUGGGAUCUGUGGAAAACAAUUUGGCUACAAAAGUUUUUUAAAAGCUCACAUGAGAGUUCACACAGGUGAGAAGCCUUUUUCAUGUGGAAUCUGUGGAAAAGGUUUCACUCGGAGAAGUAGUUUCACUGUUCAUAUGUGCACAUGAUGGCAUAAUUUAAGCCUUAAGUACAAAUUUUCUCAGUAACUUGCUGUUUUUAAGUGGAGUAUUUACAGCUGGAUGACGUUUUGAAAAUGUAGCAGCUUUGUUAAAAAAGCAUUUCAAAUAAGAAAUCUUGUUCUAGUAGUUUUACCUUUCCAUUUAAAUGUUUCUUUUAAAGUGAGUGUCUCCAUAUUAAUUGUUUGAGUUUGAGAUUCAGGACAAAAAUAAAUAUUUCUGUUCAUUUGAUGGCAAUGAUGCAGACAUAAGGUUUAUUAAAUCUGAGAAGUGUCCUUUUGUGUAAACAUGCGCUAGCUAGCUAACAGCUAGCUCGUGACAUUUAAACACUGAGCUGAAACACUUUAAAAAAUCAACAGAUUCUGGUUGAUAUUAUUUACAUAACAUUUUUUAAGUGAGACAUUAAUUAUCUCUUAAAGGAGCAGUGGAUUUAAAUGCCUUUAGAGUCAUUUUAUGUCAAUCAUUUGUUGUGCUUGUACUUUUUUUGUUGUAAUUUCCUGCAAAGUGUAUCCAUGUUUGCUGUUACUGUAUGCAAUGUAUGCGGUGGUAGAUUAUAAAUUAAUUGCGUAUUGGGAAAAAUACUUUUCUGAAUCUGAAUAUGACAUGAAUUUGUUUUCAUUAUUUUGUAUUUGAGUUUCUGAUUAAAGACAAAAAAAAUAUUGCUGAUUAUAAGAUGGCAACAAUGCAGAUUUAUUAAAUCAUAAUUAAACCUGA